AUGACUGCUAAUCACGUGACACUGGAGCCGGAUAGGACAAGAAAACGGAAAGAGAAAUCGCUCUAUUCGUCAGGUGGGAAGGGAUUGAGCAGGAGCAAUUUGACAGGUCAGGCCAAGAGCUUAAUUCGCGACAACGGUGAUGCCGAUAUUGAUGGCGGUGGUUCUGCUGGUGGUGCUGAUGAUGCUGGUGGCGUUGUUGGUGAUGGUGGUGGUUGUGCUGGUGGUGGUGCUGUUGGUGUUGGUUGUGUUGGUGGUGUUGGUGUUGGUUGUGCUGGUGUUGGUUAUUGCUGCGCUGGAAGUAGUGUUGGCGAUGCUAGUGGUGGUGUUGGUUCUGGUGGUGGUGGUGAUGAUGGUUGUACUGGUAGUGAUAUUGGCGGUGUUGGUGGUGGUGCUGUUGACGGUGCUGGUGGUGAUGAUGGUUGUGCUGGUAGUGAUAUUGGCGCUGCUGCUGCUGGUGGUGGUAUUUCCACGUUUCUGCUUACUACGUAUUACAUAGUUAUGCCCUAG